AUGAUCAAUCGUCCAUUGGAAUACAGCCUACGCCUAUUCGGUGUCUGGCCAGAUUCUUCCUAUCAGACAUUGAAAACCAUCGUUUGGGCUAUAAUAAUGUUAACGUUUCUAGUAUUUCAAUAUUGGUUUUGCAUCACGCACAUUAUGUCGAGUUUAACCGAAUUACUAGAUGGAUUGAGCUAUGCAUUAUCUAAUUUGCUCGUGUUCCUCAAGUUGAUUGUCAUUUGGCUCCAUAAGCGAAUGUUUUACGAAAUCCUGGCAACCAUGUUCGAAGACUGGAAUAACGAUAAUUCUACCAUUGAAAAUAAGCGAAUAAUUGUGGAUAAGGUUAUGCUGUCCUCUCGCAUUACGAAUUUCUUAAUCGGUUAUUUCGGGAUCACAUUCCUUCUAUAUACAGGGCUCGCUUUAGCACAAUUAGACGAAGAUCAGGAUUCUUCAGAGCCAAAACGAAGGAUGUUUUUGAUUAGAAUGGAAUUUCCAUUUUCUGCCACUGACUCACCGUGUUAUGAAAUUAUUCUAGCUGUACAGUUUAUACUCGAAUCUUUUAUUGUUUACGGGGCGGCCACGUCGAUAGCACUGAUCGCAGCAUUAGUAAGUAAUUCUUUAUAA